AUGCUUCGUCGGUUUACGAGAAACAUCUGCUGCUCCAGCGCCGUCCCAGCACGCUUCAACACGGGGCACGUUUCUGCUGCUGCUGCUGCUGCUGCUGCUACCGCUGCAGGGCCCGUGGGGGCGGGGCCCCGCAAGGACUACUCGGAGGCGAAGGGGCCUGUUGAGGUGCCGGUGCUCGACCAGCUUGUAGGGUACUACGUUAACAUCCAGUCACGGAAGAUGUACUACAAGGAUUUUCUGCGCAUUGAGCACCAGGCGGUGCGGUGGGCCUUUGCCGAUAUACGCAAGAACAGCGAGGCUCUCGCUCAUGGGCUGCUGCAGACGGGUCUGCGUCCCGGCCAGCGCGUACUAGCAAUUCAGCCAUGCAACUGCGAGACGUUUGUGCUGCAGUUGGCCUGCGCAAAGGUGGGGGCGUUGCUGGCGGUGGUGCCGCACCAGAACAUCAGCGCCGACAAGCUGCGUUUCUACCUGAACGAGUUUCAGCCCAAUCACUUUAUUGCCCGUGAGUGGAUAGUGGUCCCCGAGAUGAAGCAGGGGGCGUUGGUGGAGCGCAACAUGCACUUCUGGGACCUGAUCUACAACGUCAUUCCCGAGUUAGGCCUCUCGUACCCGGGGCAGAAGUUCCAGUGGGUGCACUCGCAGGAGUUUUUCUUCCUGAAGAAGGUGGUCAUCACAGACCACAACAUGAACCUGCUCGGUGUGACGCCGAUGCGCAAGAUGCUCGUCUGGGGCCCUUUUUCGUACUACGAGCAGCGCCUGCGCCGCCUCUCCGCGCUGCUGCACCCGGACGACCCGAUCUUGGCCCUGGAGGACCCUAACCCGGCGGCGGAGGACAAGCUGCACAUCACCUUUUCGCACCGCAACUGCGUCAAUGCCGGCUUCCUCUUCGCGCGACUCAUGCAGCUGAAGGCGGAGACGCGCUUUGGGGUGAUGCCAAACCACCACACCAACCCCGUGGGCGCCAUCGUUGCCCCGUACGCGGCACUGACGUCAGGGGCGGUGCUUGUGCACAUCCACAGCGACAUGUUUACCGACGACCACGCCCUUAACGGGAUUGAAAAGCUCUGCGUUGAGGAGCUGCAGGGGAUUCUUGGAAAGAAGGCGGACUUUGAUCUUCUGCUUCAUCACACGGGCAACUUUGACGCUGACCAGUACGAGCAUCUGAAGUGGGUGGCGUUGUUUGAGGAUGCCAGUGAGCCUUUCGUGAGCGAUGAAUACCUGCAGAAGCUAGCCAAGGAACUUAGCCUCGACGACGUCUUCGUCUUUCGAGGCCCGCUGGAGAGCGCCUACAUGCUCACGUGGCGCUCACUAAAGCGGGGACAGUGUGGGAUGGUGCCGCAUGCGGAGGCGAAGGUUGUGGGAGACCGCGGCACGGCGGACGCGACGAUUCUUUCCGCCAACACGCGGGGAAACCUGAAGCUUAAAGGGCCGCACAUCUCCCCAGGGUACUACAACAAUGCGGGCCUCCUGACGGAGCUCGUGGAUGAGCGUGGGUUCUGCAGCACCAGCCGCGAGGCGAUCAUGGACGAGAAGGGCCACCUGACGCUGCAGCGGGCCCAGAUCUACUAG